GACACGCCGAGUCCUCAUUUUUCUCUGUCCUUUGAACACCGUCCCCUCGUUCAAUUUCCCCUUCAUUUAUAACGCGAGCCUCCUCCGCUCAGACACACUCUUUACCCGACUGUCCCUCCCCGAUCCCGGCCUCGACCAGCCGAUUAACAACAAAUCGAUACGACGAUGCGCUUGACAACCUCAUCAGCUCUUGUUGGUGCACUUCUAGCUUGUGCAGCCUCUGUUAGUGCAGGCAGCCAUAAUGCACGUCAUAAUAAGCGCCAUCACGAACUUGCUGCUCGUGAGCCGAAGCCAGAGCCAGAGCCCGUUGGGGAGAAAGUAGGAAACAUCACUGACUCUAUCGUUGGUCACGGCCUUGAGAAACGUGGUAAUGAUGCUAGGUUUACUUUUUAUGAUGUUGGCCUUGGUGCGUGCGGUAAAACCAACGUCCCCUCUGACUUCAUCGUUGCUUUGAACACACCUCAAUACGGCGGUGGAUCUCCUGGUCCCCAAUGCUUCAAGAUGAUCACGAUUUCAUACGGAGGCAAGCAGACUCAAGCACAAAUUAUGGACCAGUGCCCCGGCUGCCCAUACCGUGGUCUCGACUUUUCCAGAGGAUUGUUUGAUUUCUUCGCUUCGGAAUCUGAAGGUGUCAUCUAUGGUGACUGGUGGUUCAGCGAUGGUGGUGACAACGGAGGUGGAGAUGACAAGCCAUCGAGCUCUUCUUCAAAGUGGACACCGCCGAGCUCAACUUGGCAACCUCCUAAGACGAGCUCCUCGAAGUGGACGCCGACGAGCACUUGGUCUUCUACCAGCUCCACGUGGUCAUCAAGCUCUAGUUCGUCGCAUAGCUCGAGCUCGAGCUCGACGUCUUCGAAUUCGACUGUUGUAUCUGCAACGUUGAACCUUUCUUCCGGUGCAGCAUCUGGACUUGCUGUUGCCACUGGUUCUGGUGCGCCAGAGCCGACGGGUACAGCAGGCAACAACGUUUACGAUAUGAACCUCGCCAUUAUUGAAAUGGGUGCACUGAUCAAUGCCGGACAUGCUCACUGAGUCAUGAAACGACUUGACGAGUCUAUUGGCGCCGUGACAUGUUAUGUUGCAUGUCCUUGAUGGUCGUACAGCACAAUCUUGUCACGACAGUCCGUUAGUCCGUCUCUUGCGCUCAUUCACCGAUUGAUACCGGGCUAGUGCCCCCUACUGUUAAUAAUGGGACAAAGAUUCUUGGUUCUUAUUACUACGUUACAAUCUCGUUUAUACCGGUGGAAUUUAUGUGUUAACAACAGGCUAUGUGGUUCCGGCUUUCUUGGCUCUCUCCUCUCCUCCCUUGCUUACCCCCCUUGAAACCCACUUCAUCCUUUCCUUUCUCGCUUAGUGUUCCGCUUCUUUUUCGCUCGCGGUCGUCGCUUCUCGUCUCGCGUGCUGUGCAGCGGGACGAUCGUAUCAACAAGGCGCUAAGGAACGUUGACGGAGUUGGGUUUCUGACCGUUCUCGUACUUUCUUUCUUGUCGUAUACCCUUUCCUUACAUAAAGGACGUUUUGUCUUUUAAUUGUCUUCCCUUCCCCUU